AUGUCGUUGACCAACUGUCGCUUCUACGAGGAGAAGUAUCCUGAGAUUGAUAGCUUUGUGAUGGUGAACGUCAAGCAGAUUGCUGAGAUGGGAGCGUACGUUAAACUUCUCGAGUAUGACAACAUCGAUGGCAUGAUCUUACUUUCCGAAUUAUCGAGACGCCGUAUCAGAAGUAUUCAAAAACUUAUUCGAGUGGGGCGAAACGAAGUUGUGGUGGUUCUCAGAGUUGAUAAAGAGAAAGGAUACAUUGAUUUGUCGAAGCGAAGAGUAUCGCCAGAAGACAUCGUCAAAUGUGAGGAGAGGUACAACAAAAGUAAAAUGGUCCACUCCAUUAUGCGGCACGUAGCAGAAAAAACGCAACAUCCAAUCGAAGAUCUCUAUGAGCGCAUUGGGUGGCCCUUAAACAAGAAAUAUGGACACGCAGUCGAUGCCUUCAAGCUUUCCAUAACCAACUCCGAAGUCUGGCAGGACAUUUCCUUUCCAAACGAUGUAGUAGCUGAUGAAUUGAAAUCUUAUAUCGGAAAACGUUUGACGCCACAGCCCACGAAAGUUCGAGCAGACGUCGAAGUUACAUGCUUUGGUUAUGAAGGCAUAGAUGCGGUUAAGACCGCUCUCCGAACUGCAGAGGCGAGAAAUACUCCAGACAACCAAGUAAAGGUUAAGCUUGUAUCGCCGCCCUUAUAUGUCUUGACUAGUACAUGCUUGGAGAAGAAUGUUGGGAUCCAGACUCUGGAAGCGGCGAUCGUUGACAUCCGGAAAGACAUAGAAAGUGCUGGAGGAAAUUGCAUUGUUAAGAUGGAGCCGAAGGCGGUUACGGAGAACGACGAUGCUGAACUGCAGGCACUGAUGGAGAAGAGAGAAAGAGAAAACGCCGAAGUCAGUGGAGAUGAGAGCAUGUCUGAAUCUGACGACGCCGUUCCUGAGACCAUGUAA